AUGUAAAACUAGGAUUUUGAUAUCGAAAGUCUGUCUUAAAACCUUGAAGGAAUUUCAAAUGAUUAUUAAUAACUAAUAAAAGAUGUAUAAAAUAUUCUGAGAAAUGAAAUUGUGGAUGAAGAUGGAUUGAUAAAGUUGUGCCAAUAAGGAUUUACAAAUUAAACUAGUAGAUUGAGAGGAAUAAUUUGGAGAUUAUUGUUGGGGUAAAAAAUUUACUUUUUGAAGGUAUUUCCCUUUGAAUAGAAAAUAUUGGACUUAGGUGAUCAUUAAGAAUAAAGAUAAUUAUGAAAAAAUAAAAAAAGAGAAUAUUAAGAAAGCUCCUCCUCAAAAAAAGAAUGAUCAUCCUCUAUCUAGAAAUACAGAUUCUGAUUGGAAUAAUCAUUUUUAGGAUUAAUAAUUAUGGUCUAAAAUCUAGAAGGAUGUAAUUAGAACAAGAGCGAAAGAAUUGGGAAAAGAAGAGUAUAGAGAGAUGUUAAAUAGGAUUUUAUUUUUGUGUUGUAAAUUAAAUAAAAUGGAUUAUGUCUAAGGAAUGAAUGAAUUUGCUGCAUUAAUGUAAUGCUAAAUAGAUUUAGUCUUUAUAUGUGUAUAAGUGAUCCAAAUGAGAAAUUACAGAAUGAGAGUGAUGCAUUUUACUGUUUUAUGAUA